UGCAAGGGAAGCCAUUUAUAUCUUGAAAUUUUGCGUGGUGUUAUCAUCGAUAAAUUUGAGGAAAUUGAGCAAAAUUUGUAGUUUAGGGUGGUGAUUUUUGGUCAGUGGUGAAUCGUGAUUUCUCCAAAAUUUAAGUAGGCCAAAAUGAGUAGUUCAGAAGAAGUCUCAUGGAUUUCCUGGUUUUGUGGACUCAGGGGAAAUGAAUUUUUUUGUGAGGUUGAUGAAGAUUACAUUCAAGAUAAAUUUAACCUAACAGGUUUAAAUGAACAAGUACCACAUUAUAGGCAAGCUUUAGAUAUGAUAUUAGACUUAGAACCAGAUGAUGAACUAGAAGAGAAUCCAAAUCAGAGUGAUUUGAUUGAACAAGCAGCUGAAAUGCUUUAUGGACUUAUACAUGCAAGAUUCAUCAUGACAAAUAGAGGCAUAGCACUUAUGCUUGAAAAAUAUCUUCAAAAUGAUUUUGGUCAUUGUCCACGGGUAUAUUGUGAAAAUCAACCAUGUUUACCAAUAGGACUUUCUGAUGUACCUGGUGAAGCAAUGGUUAAACUGUAUUGUCCUAAAUGCCAGGAUGUAUACACUCCUAAAUCGUCACGUCAUCAUCACACUGAUGGUGCCUAUUUUGGCACAGGAUUCCCACAUAUGUUAUUCAUGGUACAUCCAGAGUACAGACCUAAGCGACCACCAAAUCAGUUUGUUCCCAGAUUGUAUGGUUUCAAGAUCCAUCCGAUGGCAUACCAGAUACAAGCCCAGGCAGCAUCGUCUCGUAACCGCACUGCCACUGCUCGGCCACGCACUGCCAAACCCCAUUACAAAUAGCAUGGAAACUUUUCCAGAUCCCUUCUGUUUCUGGCAUGUGCGCAAUACCCCUCAUCAACCUCAAAAAAAGAAAAACUCACCUGUACAUUAUUUACAAGUAUUUUACAUAACUUUCAAAUCAACCCCUUUAUAUUUUCUUUUGUAUCCCAUUGUGAACUUCUUCUGAAUGUCUUGUGCAAAUCUUUGUGUUGCUGUACCAUGUAUAUUUUGCCUUCACAUCAGAUGAUCAAAACACGGUUACAUUGUGCUGGGGUUUUGCUGUACAUGUACAAAGUGCAAUUGUCGAAUGAAACAUUGUGAUAAAAAGACUUUGUUAUAUGCCUAUGGGUACUUUUUUUUUUUUUUUUGAACAGAAUUGAUAGGUUGCAUUAUUUCUUUUAUGUUUUGAUAACUUAUUAGUCACUUCCUAUUGGAUAUUGAAGCCUAUGCUUUUGAAACUAAAACAACACGUUUGUGAAAUUUUCUACAAAGGAGGUCGGAAUUGGAAUCUUUGGUCAUGUUAAUUUUUUCUACAUGAGCUUCAACAAAAAAUUCUGUUUUGAAUUACAACUGAUGGCUUGACCAUAAUUCACCAGAGAUACCAAUCUCAUCAGAAUGUUUUAUUGAGUGUCAACGUCAACUUCGGAAUUGUUUUUGCAUUGAUUUUCUUACUGUUGACCUACUGUUGAAAAAUGUCAGUCCACCUUGAAAUGGUAUAUCACUAUUCAGGACAAAAGACAGUGUUCACAGAUUGAAAUGGUACAUAAAAUGAUUAUUAUUGAUCAAUGUGAGCUACAACAAAAGUACUGUAGAAUGUGUCCAUUGUUUAACUGGAUUUGAUGUUGCAUAUUGUUAAAUCUGAAUAUGCUCUAGUGACACAGUAAGCAAAAAUAAAACUAUAAAUGAAUCUUUUCACCACCAUACUUUCUUGCCCAAAUUUUCAUGCACUUUUUUUUGAUAUUCUUCAAUAUUUCUGGAAAUGAACCCUAACUUUGGAGCCAACAUACAAAAUUUGAGUCAAUUUUCUGAUUUUACUAAAAACAUUUGGCUAUUUUUGUCCCAAUCUUUUGAAGGAAAUUGCAGAUUAUAAACAGGACUAUUUUGUGAAUUUGUGAUGAAAAGAGGGAACUGGUGGUGAAAAGGAUAUCCUACUACAGAAUUGAAAGAUUCAUGUAGCCUGCAUAAAUUAUCAAGAACGAUAAGUUUUAAAUUGGAUCACAAUUUGGAAAUACACGUGACCCAGUUUAUCGAUUUAACUUUAAUACAUACAAAAACAACUUAUUGAAGUGAUUUGGUGAAGCAUAUCCCACACUUUUUGACCUUUCAGGAGAACUUCUAUGAUAAACUUGUACCAUAGAUGGUCAGUGAACACAAUCACUCUCUGCUGUUAACAGUAAAUUUGAAUAGUUGUUUAAAAAUUCUCCUGAUGUAAGAAAUGUCAACCGUCAUGGGGCUCUGUGUCUUGGUUGCUGAAUUUAAACUGAUCUUAUUUUGAUUCUUUGUUCCAGUGAAGCCUACCAAUCAUAUUUAAUGAUAAUAAAUCUGCCUUGCCAUGCAUUUAAUUGCACAGGCUUGAAAGUUAAAAAA